UUCAUGCUAUAUAUACAUCAUAUAGCUCCAGUACUUAGGACGUACGAGGUGACCAGGUUGCAUCUCCGGAACCUGAACAACUCAGAUUUUUUAAUUUUUUGGUGUAAUAUAUACUACUUCAGAAGUUAAUUCAGAACUCAGAUGAUGAUCAUGGAGAACCAAAAAUAUGAGCGCGUCUUCAAUCACUUUGAUGAGAAUGGAGAUGGGAAGAUAUCGCCCUCAGAGCUGCAACAGUGCGUGGCAGCCAUAGGUGGUGAGCUGUCGCUGGUGGAGGCGGAGGUGGCUGUGCAGGAGUUGGACUCCGACGGGGACGGGUUGCUGUGUAUGGAGGAUUUUGUGAGGAUGGUGGAAGGAGGCGAGGAGGAAGAGAGGGUGAAGGAUUUGAGAGAGGCUUUUAAGAUGUACGAGAUGGAUGGGGGUGGGUGUAUUACGCCGAAGAGCUUGAAGAGGAUGCUUAGUAGAUUAGGUGAGUCCAGGAGUUUAGAUGAAUGUAAGGUUAUGAUUGCCCAGUUUGAUCUCAAUGGUGAUGGGGUUCUGAACUUUGAUGAAUUUAGAGCCAUGAUGUUAUGAUCACCCCAUAUAUAUGCUUCUUAAUACUUAUGUGAUCAGAUUUAUGUAAUUAUAUAUGGUUAGUUCCUUCAUUCAUUCAUUGCACUCACAGCAUCAUAUCUGGGUGUGGUGACACUCCCUUUCCCCCUAUUUCCCCCAUGUUAUGAUCACCUUAA